GGGCCGGGCCGCGGGCGGUGGGCGCUGCUGCUGCUCCUGCUGCACUUGCUGCGGGCGCUGGCGCAAGAUGACGUUGCUCCAUAUUUCAAAACGGAGCCUGGCCUGCCGCAGAUCCACCUGGAAGGGAACCGCCUUGUGCUCACCUGCCUGGCUGAAGGGAGCUGGCCCCUGGAAUUCAAGUGGAUACACAACGACAGUGAGCUCACCACCUACAGCAGCGAAUAUAAGUAUAUCAUCCCCUCUUUACAGAAGCUGGACGCCGGCUUUUACCGCUGCGUGGUUCGGAACAGGAUGGGAGCUCUCUUGCAGAGAAAAUCAGAAGUUCAAGUGGCAUAUAUGGGGAAUUUCAUGGAUACAGACCAGAAGAAAACAGUUUCUCAAGGACACGCUGCACUUCUGAACCUAGCGCCCAUCGUCAGCUGCCCCAGACCACAAGUGACAUGGUUUAAAGAAGGACAUAAGAUUAUUCCAAGCAGCAGAAUAGCCAUCACGUUGGAGAAUCAGCUGGUGAUCCUUGCUACAACAGCGAGCGAUGCUGGGGCUUACUACGUGCAGGCUGUGAACGAGAGGAAUGGAGAGAACAAGACAAGCCCCUUCAUCCAUCUGAGCAUAGCACGAGACACUGGCACCCAUGAAGCCAUGGGCCCCGUUAUCGUGGUUGCCCCGGGCAACAGAAGUGUGGUCGCAGGGUCCAGUGAGACUACCUUGGAGUGCAUAGCCAAUGCCAGGCCGCUGGAGGAGCUGAGCGUGCACUGGAAGAGAAACGGGGUCCGACUCACAAGUGGACUGCACAGCUACGGGAGGCGCCUCACCAUCGUCAACCCGACAUCAGCCGACACCGGGAUGUACCUGUGCGAGGCGGCACUCCGGGGGAGCGCAUUUGAGCCCGCCAGGGCCAAAGCCUUCCUUUCCAUCAUAGAGCCGCCCUACUUCACUGCCGAGCCGGAGAGUCGGAUGUUAGGUGAAGUGGAAGAAACUGUGGACAUCCCAUGUCGAGCCAUGGGGGUUCCCCUCCCCACCCUCCAGUGGUACAAAGAUGCCGUCCCCCUCAGCAAGCUCCAGAACCCAAGGUACAGAGUGCACCCCAGCGGAGGCUUACACAUCCAGAAGCUGAGCCCUGAAGACUCCGGAAUCUUCCAGUGCUUUGCCAGCAACGAAGGAGGGGAGAUCCAGACCCACACCUACCUGGAUGUGACCAAUAUUGCUCCUGCCUUCACCCAGCGUCCAGUGGACACCACAGUUACUGACGGGAUGACGGCUGUCCUGAGGUGUGAGGUGUCCGGGGCUCCCAAACCCGCCAUCACGUGGAAGAAAGGGAACCACAUCCUGGCCAGUGGCUCUGUCCGGAUUCCUCGGUUCAUGCUGCUGGAAUCCGGGGGGCUGAGGAUAGCCCCCGUCUUCACCCAGGAUGCUGGCAACUAUACCUGCUACGCAGCCAACACCGAGGCCUCUGUGAACGCCACAGCCUCGCUCACAGUGUGGAAUCGAACAUCCAUCGUUCAACCCCCAGAGGACCGUGUCGUGAUUAAGGGGACGACAGCCACGCUGUGCUGCGGAGCCACCCAUGACCCUCGGACCUCUCUCCGCUACGUUUGGAAAAAGGACAACGUGGUCAUCACACCAUCCAGCAGCUCCAGGGUCGUGGUGGAGAAGGAUGGGUCCCUUCUCAUUAGCCAGACGUGGUCAGGGGACAUCGGGGACUACACCUGUGAGAUUGUCUCUGAGGGAGGAAAUGACUCCCGAACGGCACGGCUGGAAGUGAUUGAGCUGCCUCACCCGCCUCAAAACCUCCUGGCCAGCUUGAGUCCUGUGCGCAGCCACGCGGUGACACUGUCCUGGGUCCGGCCCUUUGAUGGAAACAGCCCGGUCCUUCACUACAUUGUGCAACUGUCUGAAAACAACUCUCCAUGGAAGGUGCAUCUGUCAAAUGUCAGCCCGGAGAUGACAAGUGUCACUGUGAGUGGCCUGACGCCAGCCCGGACCUAUCAGUUCAGAGUGUGCGCUGUGAACCAGGUGGGCAAGGGCCAGUACAGCACAGAGACCAGCAGGUUGAUGUUACCUGAAGAACCACCAAGCGCUCCCCCAAAGAACAUCGUGGCCAGUGGGAGGACUAACCAGUCCAUCAUGGUGCAGUGGCAACCACCACCUGAGACGGAGCACAACGGGGUCCUGCGGGGCUACAUCCUCAGGUACCGCCUGGCCGGCCUGCCCGGUGAACACCAGCAGAGGAACAUCAGCAGCCCAGAGGUGAGCUACUGCCUGGUCACCGACCUCAUCAUCUGGACGCAGUACGAGAUCCAGGUGGCGGCCUACAAUGGGGCAGGCCUGGGCGUCUUCAGCAGGGCGGUGACCGAGUAUACUCUACAAGGAGUGCCCACAGCACCCCCACAGAACGUGCAGGCAGAGGCUGUGAACUCCACCACUGUGCACUUCCUGUGGAACCCCCCUCCCCAGCAGUUCAUCAACGGCAUCAACCAGGGAUACAAGCUUCUGGCAUGGCCAGCAGAUGCUCCUGAGACUGUCACUGUGGUCACCAUCGCUCCUGACUUCCAUGGGAUCCACCACGGGUACAUAACGAACUUGAAGAAGUUCACAGGCUACUUCACAUCGGCUCUGUGCUUUACCACCCCGGGAGACGGGCCUCCCAGUACACCUCAGCUUGUGUGGACCCACGAAGACAAACCGGGAGCUGUGGGGCACCUGAGCUUCACGGAGAUUUUGGACACCUCUCUCAAGGUCAGCUGGCAGGAGCCCCUGGAGAGAAACGGCAUCAUUACGGGCUAUCAGAUUUCCUGGGAGGUGUACGGCAAGAAUGGCUCUCGGCUCACGCACACCCUCAACAGCACGACCCACGAGUACAAGAUCCAAGGACUGUCCUCUCUCACCACCUACACCAUCGAUGUGGCCGCUGUGACGGCUGCGGGCGUGGGUCUGAGCACGUCGUCCACCAUCUCUUCAGGGGUACCCCCAGACCUUCCCGGUGCUCCAUCCAACCUGGUCAUUUCCAACAUCAGCCCACGCUCAGCCACGCUCCAGUUCCGACCGGGUUAUGAUGGGAAGACAGCCAUCUGCAGGUGGAUUGUGGAGGGGCAGGUCGGCGCCAUCGGGGAUGAGGAGGAGUGGGUCACCCUCUAUGAGGAGGAGAACGAGCCUGAUGCCCAGACGCUGGAGAUCCCAAACCUCACACCCUACACACACUACAGGUUUCGAAUGAGGCAAGUGAACAUCGUAGGUCCCAGCCCCUUCAGCCAGUCAUCCCGAGUCAUCCAGACCCUGCAGGCCCCACCGGAUGUGGCUCCAACUAGUAUCACUGUCCGAACGGCCAGUGAGACCAGCCUGCGGCUGCGCUGGGUGCCCCUGCCUGACUCCCAAUACAACGGGAACCCCGAGUCUGUGGGCUACAGAGUGAAGUACUGGCGUUCUGACCAGCCAUCCUCAGCGCUGGCCCAGGUUGUCAACGACCGGCUGGAGAGGGAGCUGACGAUCGAGGAGCUGGAGGAGUGGACGGAGUACGAACUGCGGAUGCAGGCCUUCAACGCCAUCGGGGCUGGGCCCUGGAGCGAGCUGGUUCGGGGCCGCACACGGGAGUCAGUCCCUUCAGCUCCUCCUGAGAAUGUGUCCGCGGAGGCCGUCAGCUCCACCCAGAUCCUACUGACGUGGGCUUCCGUCCCUGAGCCGGACCAGAAUGGGCUCAUCCUGGGCUACAAGAUUCUGUACCGAGCCAAAGACCUGGACCCGGAGCCGAGAAGCCACAUGGUUCGAGGGAAUCACACGCAGUCUGCUCUGCUGGCCGGCCUGCGCAAGUUCGUGGUGUACGAGCUGCAGGUGCUGGCCUUCACGCGAAUUGGGAACGGUGUCCCCAGCUCGCCCCUCGUCCUGGAGCGCACCAAAGACGACACCCCAGGCCCCCCCGUGCGGCUGGUGUUCCCCGAAGUGAGACUCACUGCAGUACGGAUCGUGUGGCAGCCCCCAGAGGAGCCCAACGGUGUGAUUCUGGGGUACCAGAUCGCCUACCGCCUGGCCAGCGGCAGUCCCCACACCUUCACCACGGUCGAGGUGGGGGCCACGGUACGGCAGUUCACAGCCACCGAGCUGGCCCCGGAGUCUGCCUACAUCUUCAGACUGUCUGCUAAGACGAGACAGGGCUGGGGCGAGCCACUGGAGGCCACAGUCAUCACCACUGAGAAGAGAGAGAGGCCGGCGCCCCCCAGAGAGCUCCUGGUACCCCAGGCAGAAGUGACAGCACGGAGCCUCCGGCUCCAGUGGGUCCCUGGCAGCGACGGGGCCUCCCCCAUCCGGUAUUUCACUGUGCAGGUCCGAGAGCUGCCUGGCGGAGAAUGGCAGACCUACUCCUCAUCCAUCAGCCACGAGGCCACAGCCUGUGCCGUGGAAAGACUGAGGCCUUUCACUUCCUACAAGCUGCGCCUGAAGGCCACCAAUGACAUUGGGGACAGUGACUUCAGCGCAGAAACAGAGGCCGUGACCACACUUCAAGAUGUACCAGGAGAGCCUCCAGGGUCUGUCUCAGCCACGCCGCACACCACGUCCUCGGUUCUGAUCCAGUGGCAGCCUCCCCGGGAUGAGAGCCUGAAUGGCCUUCUGCAAGGCUACAGGAUCUACUACCGUGAGCUGGAGUCCGAGACAGGCGUGAGCCCCGAGGCCAAGACACCCAAGAGCCCCUCUGCCUUAAGAGCUGAUCUCACAGCCCAAAGCAGCUUCAAGACCGUGAACAGCAGCUCCACGCUGACGACCUAUGAGUUAACACAUCUGAAGAAGUACCGGCGCUAUGAAGUCAUCAUGACCGCCUAUAACAUUAUCGGCGAGAGCCCAGCCAGUGCGCCCGUGGAGGUCUUCGUUGGUGAGGCUGCUCCCGCGAUGGCCCCGCAGAACGUUCAGGUGACCCCACUCACGGCCAGCCAGCUGGAGGUCACAUGGGACCCGCCACCCCCAGAGAGCCAGAAUGGGAACAUCCAGGGCUACAAGAUUUACUACUGGGAGGCAGACAGCCGCAACGAGACGGAGAAGAUGAAGGUCCUCUUCCUCCCUGAGCCUGUGGUGAAGAUCAAGAACCUCACCAGCCACACAAAGUACCUGGUUAGCAUCUCAGCCUUCAACGCUGCGGGAGACGGGCCCAAGAGUGACCCAUGCCAGGGGCGCACACACCAAGCCGCUCCUGGACCCCCCAGCUUCUUGACAUUCUCAGAAAUAACCUCCACCACACUCAACGUGUCCUGGGGGGAGCCAUCGGCGGCCAACGGCAUCCUGCAGGGCUACCGAGUGGUGUAUGAGCCCUUAGCGCCCGUGCAAGAUGAAGGCUUAUGGGACAUGUUUGCAAAGGACAUUCCCCGGAGCGCUACGUCAUACACGGUGAGCCUGGACAAGUUGCGGCAAGGAGUAACCUACGAGUUUCGGGUGGUGGCCGUGAACAAGGCGGGCUUUGGGGAACCCAGCCGCCCUUCCAUAGCAGUGUCAGCACAAGCCGAAGCCCCGUUCUAUGAGGAGUGGUGGUUCCUACUGGUGAUGGCACUCUCCAGCCUCCUCCUUGUCCUCCUGGUGGUCUUCGCACUGGUCCUGCACGGGCAAAGCAAGAAGUACAAGAACUGCGGCACAGGUAAAGGCAUCUCCAACAUGGAAGAGUCGGUGACCCUGGACAACGGAGGGUUUGCCGCCUUGGAGCUCAACAGCCGCCACCUCAAUGUCAAGAGCACCUUCUCCAAAAAGAACGGAACCAGGUCCCCACCCCGACCAAGCCCCGGAGGUCUGCACUACUCCGACGAGGACCUCUGCAACAAGUACAACGGCGCCGUGCUGACCGAGGGUGUGAACCUGAAGGAGAAGUCGGUGGACGGGUCGGAAUCAGAGGCCUCCGACUCGGACUACGAGGAAGCGCUGCCCAAGCACUCGUUCGUCAACCACUACAUGAGCGACCCCACCUACUACAACUCCUGGAAGCGGCGUCCCCCUGCCGCGGCCCCGCACAGGUACGAGGCGGUGGCGGGGGCCGAGUCCGGCCCGCACCUGCACACCGUCAUCACCACGCAGAGCGCGGGCGGAGUCUACACGCCAGCCGGCCCGGGAGCCCGGGCGCCGCUCACCGGCUUCUCCUCCUUCGUGUGACGUCACGCCUCCAUCCGGGUAGACGGGUGCAGAACUUCUGGAGUCUAUUUUUGUUAAGACAAUCAACUCCGAUAACUGAGCUGAACUUUUUUUUUGUUUAAAAAUAAUAAUAAUGAUGAUGAUAAUGAUAACUCUGAGAAGCGAUCUUACCUACUGGUGAAAACUAGGAUUCACUUAGGAAGGUUUUUUUUUUAAUGGCUUUUUGUAACAUCGCUGCAGGAAGCGGGGUUCCUUUGUUUUCUUUUCUUUUUAAGAGAAGGUAUCUCCCUGGUGCGAUAGCUCGGCACCGCCGGCGGGGCGCUCUCGACACACCCCAGCCCGGGGCAUCUCUGGCCUCCAGACCGUCGGGGUCGCUGGGAGGGAGGGCGGAGGGGGGCGGGGAGGUCGCAUCCGCGGCCCAGCUCUCUCUCUACCUCCUUUGGGAGAGCCGGCCAGCCUGGAUCACUUUCUGCACCUUUGAACAACUCGAGGUCCCGGCUCUCGCCUGGGCUUUAGAGACUGGCUCGUCCCCACCCCGCGUUCUGCCCGGUCCAGCCAGGCCGCUGCGCCCCGGAGGGCCCAGCUCUGUAGGAGCUUCCCGGCGCUCUCCUUUCCCUCCCUCUUCCUCUCUCCUCUCAAGCUGACAGUUACAAGGACAGGAAGUUCCUCCCCCCAAGGCUCUGGAGGCCACCGGGCCCAGCCCUGGCCAGCCAGGUCCUUCCGAUGCCCACACAACACAGCACACAGCACACGCCCCCCCCCCCCCCCCCCCCCCCGCUGAGCAAGAGAGGAGGAGACGCGCGGUUUUUGCAGUUGCUUGUGGCAGUAGCAGGUCUGCGUUGUUGAACCAGAGUAUUUUUUAAACCUUUUUAUCUUUUUUUAAACUAUGUCACAUGAAAAUGAAUGCGUCUUUGCUGUCUCCAGGUGCCUUUUAAUUCAUUGUUCAGCUUUGUACGUGGGAAAGACGAGAAGCGACCGUGUCUCCAAAUAAAACAAUCGGCUCUGAGAAACCAACCCGGGCCGCGAAUCACCUAGCGCACCCCACACAGUGGGACAGCCCGUCCCUUCCUCCUCCUGUGCUCGCUGCCGUCCGCUUCCGGCCCCUGGUGCUGCCCUCUCUACCCCGCCAUCCAAGGCCAGCUGGUUAGCCUUAAUGGGUUUUCUGAGAGCAUUUUCCUUUAAUUGUCGUUGUUUAAAUGUUUUCCGCUCAAUGAGAAGUGGCGCUCUGACCCCAUGAGCACCCUGCCACCCCCCGGCUCAGGCCCAGGUCUGGACCCCACGCCCUGGGGCACUCAGAGAGUGAGAAGGGUGUUGGAGCCCUGAGCAGGAGCAACCUGUUCAAGGCCUUCAGUGGGACAUGAACCUUGUCUUGACUUGGGAAGUUGCUGGUGGCUCACACCACACUGCAGGCUCCACUUAGGGUUAAAAAAAAUUAAUAAAUUAAAGGUCUUUCAAUUUUUCCAAAAUCCAGAGUAAAAGAUUUCCCUCCCUCCUCUUUCCUACUCUCCUCUUCCUCUUCCUCUUCCUCUCUCUUCUUCCCCCUCCCUUCCUCUUCCUUCCCUGCCCCCCUUUCUCUCCUUCCCCUUUCUUACACUCCUAUUCACCCCUCCCUCCUCCCUUACUUCCUAUCUCCCUUCUCCCUCUCUCCCUCACCCUUCCCCUGCCUCUCUUCUCUCCUGCCUCUGUCCUUUUCUGAGCUGAAGGGGAGCUAUUCUAAACCAAAAAUCCUAGAUGCUCUGCCCAGAGCCGCUCUGUGUGGGGACAGCCACCCUCGGGGUCCACACGCAGGACCCCGUCAGUGGACAGCACCGCCCCCUCCCUGGCCCCAAAGGAGUGGCGUGGACUGAAAACCACAGGUCCCCAACUGUCUGGAAGGUGGCACCCAGCAGAGGACAGGGACCAAGCUGGCUCUGUGUAGCGCCUUAAGCCAUAAGGACUUGAUUGCUUUAAUCAGCGGGGAAUCCUUGGGAUGGUCUAGUCUGAGGCAAGACUCCAUGGGGCAUCCUCACAAAGGAAGACUCAGCAGGCAGCAGCACUGCCUGGGUCCCCUUUAGGACUGGUAACUUGUUUUCUAUGGAAAGGUCUUUCCAGGAUGCGCAGGCUCUGAGACUGCCGAUACACGGCUGCCAGCAGCUGUCAUCAAACCCGGCACUCAGAGCAGUGGUUCUCAAUGUGUGGGUCACGACCCCCUGGGCGUUCAAAGACCCUUUCACAGAUAUCCUGGCAUAUCAGAUAUUUACACAACACGAGCAAAACUACAGCUCUGAAGUGGCAAGGAAGAUACUUUUAUGGAUGGGAUCACCACACCAUGAGGAACUGUUUUAAGAGGUUACAGCGUUAGGAAGGCUGAGAACCGCUGGCUUAGAGGGACUCUGUCCCACUCAGGGCCCCUGCACCAAAGGCAGGGGAUGGAGUGUUUAGUUAGACUUCAGCCUGCAGAGCCAUGGGACAUUGGCAAAUGUCCUUCCUAACCUCUCACUGUAGCAGUGGCGUGGACACAUCACACACGUGCAAAACGGACGUUGGAUCCAAGUCUGGAUUCCGAGAAAAGAUCCAAACAGGCAGGAUGCAGGUGCUCUUUCUGCCUUCUCCUGUCGUGUUGGAAAAGUCCCCUCCGUGGGUGUCUGAUGAUGAGUGAUGGCCAAGUCUACCGAUGACUCUAUGGCGACUGCGCAGUCCUGUGAAGCCUUCCUCUCUGGGUGUGAUCUGCUGAGCCUCGAGGGUGGCUUCAUAGGGCACAGACAGCCGGAGAGGAAGCAGCAGCCCGGCCUCUCACUGGCCUUCCUCGGCAUCUCCCCCAUUCCAGCAGGGGAGGGUCUCCUUUACCUGGAGCCCCAGGAGGAGGCAAAACAGCCCACAAGGAUGAUGUGUAUUCUGGAAAGUUUUUUGGGUGUUUGAACUUGAUCUUGAUUGGCCUGAGCAUGGUAUGUUUGCAUAGAGGUUCUUAGCAUGGGUUUUCAUUAUCCCAGGAUUCCCGGCUCACAGCACGGAUGCUCUCCUGCUGAGCCCAGGUCCACAGACUAGCAGCAAGGGACCAGGCUGAGAGGCCAGAACGGUGUGGGGUUCCCAGCGGGGAGCUCCCAGCCUCACCUGCCGGCCUAGGGGAGUCCUGAAGCUUUCCCUAUGAAACCUUCUGAUGAGGUGGCACAGAAAACCAGAGUCUAUUAAAGAUAAAAACAAACCCUCCCCCCUCAACCUGUAGAAAGGCAGAGCGGUGCUAUGG